UAUUCAAAAUGAAUUUCGUAGCAUAAAAUGCAGAUAGAAUCGUGAUCACUACUCAAAAUUAAGUGUGAUUUUGUUGCAAAUUGAACUGUGUGCUCUUUCCACUCCUGGUCAGAUGAUGUUGUCACUCGAUUUCCCAACGGCUGCAGCUCUGCAUUUAACACCUCCCAACCCACUGUGCAAACUAAAGGAGAAGCGGUUCCUCAUCCGAAGUGAGCCGCGCAUGCGCACAGAUUAGCAUAGGCAAACAAAAGAACCGCCGGCCAGCAUAACCGAAUGUGGGUUAUUAUGAAAUCGCAGCCGAAUCAAUGAUGCUGCUCUGGUCGCUCUGCCCAUCAAUGGCUUCUAAUUGGGCCCCCCCCCCCAUCUCAUUCGGAGCGACCCAUCGAUUUUUCGGGGGUAUAAAGGUGUGUGCUCCGUCAGCGGUUGGAAUUAGUUUGGUCAGCUGUUUGAUACCGAUUGUAUCCCAUUCGCUACUCGAGAUGAAACCCUUUGCCUGCAUCCUGGUGAUCCUUGCCGCCAUCCUGUCCGUGGGACAGGCCUCCCUGGGCGGUCUUCUUGGCGGCGGCGGUGGAGGCGGCGGCUCUAUUGGCGGAGGCGCUGGCGGCAUCGGACAGCUGCUGCAGAGCAAGCUGGGCGGUCUCGGCGGAGGAUUGGGCGGCGGCCUGGGCGGUCUGAGCGGUGGUCUUGGCGGCAAGCUCGGCGGCGGUGGAGGCGGCGGCGGCUACUCCGGUGGCUACUCCAACGGUGGCGGCUACUCCGGCGGUGGUGGAUACUCCGGCGGUGGUGGAUACUCCGGCGGCGGUGGCUACUCUGGCGGAUAUGCUGCUCCCAGGCCCGUUGAGAAGGUUGUCAUCGUGAAGGUCAUUAACGAAGGCUACUCUGGCGGUUACUCCGGCGCUCAGUCUGGUGGCUACUCCGGUGGUUACUCCGGCGCUCAGUCUGGUGGCUACUCUGGUGGCUAUUCCGGCGCUCAGUCCGCCGGCUGGAACAAGGGCUGGUAAAUGUGGAGCAAGCCAAUAUGGACCAACUAUAAAUAGUUCAAACUGCCAAACCGAAAGCCAAGCAGCUUAGGAUUUAAUAUUUUUUUUUUAUAUUUUUUAGCGGUAUUUGUUUGUUAGAAUUUAUACAAUAUACAAGAAAAGAAUUUCCAUUUUAAAUUGCGUGUGCUUUGUGCUUGCAUGGGGAACCGGUUAAAUUUGGCUUCCUGCUUCGAAUCUUGAGUCGAUUCUGCCGCUGACCCAAUGGCCAAAUGGUUGAGGUCAUCACCUGCCAAUCGAAGUAAGAAGAAGGAAGGUAAUGAGACAGGUACUUAGUGCACUUUCGACAUCUAUUUCGGCUUUUCUGCAGCACUUGCGCAACCAAAAAGCGCAUUUGAUUGUUUUCCAGCCAUCGAUCAAUCCGUCGCAAAAAAAAAAGCCUGUCAGUCGAUCGAACAAAAGAGCCAAAUUUGAUUUUUAUGCCGCCCAUGAAUUAAAAUCGAAACGUGCAAAAGCCAAAAGGUUCAAGCGGUUCGGUUCUAGAAUUGGCCGAUCAGACGUCUAUAAUUAGCAUUUUGGGCCAAGAUAGGCCGAUUUAAAUUUUCAAAAAAAUAUUCAUUCUUGUCUUUGUUCUAGAGGAUUAAUUUCUUGCGAAUAAAUUUGGGGUAUACCAAUAAAUAAAAAUUCUUUUCAAUGAUGAGCUUUAAAAUACUUCUUGUUGUAAAAUAGUUAUU